AUGCUUGGCUUGAUCGCUUGCGUUGUCGCAUGGGCUCAGCCACUCGGUGCUGUGUUCAGGUGCCACCCAGAUCAUAAAGCUAGACCUAUUUUCAACAUAGUGCAUGGUUUCUUUGGAGCAGGCGCAUGGCUGUGCGCUGUUGCCGCCAUAAUGAUAGCCGUCGUACAUUUCAAAGGCAUGUUCAGCGACCGUGAUGCUGCUCUUGGUCUUUACAUUGCGUUUGUAGCUAUAGCUGGACUAACCAUAAUAGCGAUGGAAGCACUGACUUUCAAAGUUUGGUGGACCGGUCGGCGUCGUGUGAGUGAAAUGGAGAUGGUUCGGGUAGGUGGUUCCAGUGGUACCGCCGUUUCGGAAGAUAUCGAAAAGGUUACGGUAGAGUGCAGCCAACCGCAUAGCCAAAUCUACGACUUUCAGGCUCAACGUCUACAAUGGUUCAUUCUACUCUUCUUCUUAGUUGUUGCUAUCGGUACUGCCGUUGCGAUUUCGAUUCUCAUUGGACUGAAACCAAAGUUAUAG